CACAGUCGGCGUCGAAGACUUCUGGUAGUUCAAUAGGCCUUAGACGUAUUGCGAUGUUAUUUUCUCUGAUGUCUUGGAGUCCUUGAGCAGCUAACAUGUGCGCCAUCUUAGAGUUGUGAGCGGUGUGGCGCGCCUGAACAAGACCAAGGCAACCAAGCCACAAAUAAAGCACGUCACUCGAAGUUGGAGGAGAAAAGGACAUGACCAUAGAGUCAGAGGAAACGCGUCGAUGGCCAGCGCUUAUACAGCAAUGUCCCGGUUUGGUCACCAUUAUCACAAUAGUACUGUGCAUAGUUGCGACAACGCGGAGAAUAAGGUAGUCUGGAACAAUUCUACAGGCAUCGCCAUUCUCUCUUGCACAUACGCUGGGUCAGCGGCUGGCUUACGCCAAUUGAUGCGCGUUCGAGUUACUCGAUGGUCCGGGGCUACAUGUCAUAUCGGGCUGCCGAUAUGGUCUCCGCGGCAUCGUCAUCGCCACGGGUGGCGCAGGCCUCUUUCUUGCAACGGUGAAAGCUGUAGAUUUUCCGUAGACAUUCCCCCCUGUCCAUAUCAGAUUGAGACAUCCCAGUUGACAAUCUCAAUGCGAUGGUGGGUCAUCCUGAAUGACUAUUGUGAAAAACAAUCGCGGCAGCCUCUAUUCGUUCCCACGCAUGAUGGAUUUCGCCCAUCAGUGUCCAUCUUCAUAAUGGAGAUAAUGACGGUCGUGAUUCUGCAAGCAAGCUCGGCGUACGGUCGGUGGGCAUAAUACGGAGCCCAUAUUCAACGUUUUAUUGAUCUGCGAGAAUGUAUGCCAGCGGCAAUAUACACUAUUCCGUGAUCUGC